CCGCCGCCCGGCGCUGCCCCGGCCUCUCACCCGUGUGCCGUGGCACAUCGUCCCACCCUGCCCCGGCGGGCCGAGGCUCCGCUCCCGCCAGGUCUGCGGCCCGGCGGGACCGCCGUGUGGGGUGGGGGCCGCGCGCCAGCCGAGGGGGGCUUCGAAAUGGCGGCCGCCAUUUGCCGCGCGGUCAGCGGGCGCUCAGAGGCAGGCGGGGGCUGUCACCUCUCUGAGGGAGCCGGUGCUGGCGGGGGUCGUCAUUACCGCCGGGAAGUUGCCUUUCCUCCGAAACUGAGAGAAGGCUGCUUUCAGCUGCGGGGAUCGCGGCAGGGAGGGGAGGGGAAGCGGCCCCUGCGCUGCCCGCGGCCCGGUUGAGCGGUGCGUGCGCACGGCCGGGGCAGCGCCGGUACCCUGCCGCCGUGUGUGGCGGCUAGCUGUGCCCGUCUUUCCAAAAUCUAUAGGUAAGCAAUACUCAAACAGGAAAAAUCAACGUGAUUAAAAAUGGAAGAUAACUACAAGGCAAGGAGUUAAGUAGGUGUGACACAGGCGUCAGGCACAUCGGGAUAAAGCCAUGAAUAACUGAAGAAGUCUCUUCUCCUGGUCAUGCCACUACUGCAGCAGAAACAAUAGGGAAGCAUUCACCCCUCUAAGAGCAGUGCUUGCACUAACCCCCAGAGAUUUCUGUGGUUUAUUGUUCAGAGAGACAGUACCUUUUGCUGAGUCCAGCAUAUGGCCAACAGGAGCUAUGUCAGCAGCUGAGAACACAGCAAGUCCUGAAGCAAACUGGAUUAGGAAGCCAUUGUAUGGAUUGUUUCAAUAUAACUCCAGAAUGAUUGGGCUAGAAUCAUUAGCUGAUCCCUCCGAUACCUGGGAAAUUAUAGAGACUAUCGGGAAAGGCACUUACGGUAAAGUCUAUAAGGUUGCCAAUAAGAAAGAUGGGAGUCUGGCAGCAGUAAAGAUUCUGGAUCCUAUCAGUGAUGUAGAUGAAGAAAUUGAAGCAGAAUAUAACAUUUUGCAGUUUCUUCCCAAUCAUCCUAAUGUUGUUAGAUUUUAUGGGAUGUUUUACAAAGCAGAUCAGUAUGUGGGAGGACAGCUCUGGCUAGUACUUGAGCUGUGCAAUGGAGGUUCUGUCACGGAGCUUGUCAAAGGCCUGCUGAAGUGUGGGCAACGGUUGAACGAAGCUAUAAUCUCAUACAUCUUAUAUGGUGCUCUCUUGGGCCUUCAGCAUUUACACAAUAACCGGAUCAUACAUCGUGAUGUGAAAGGGAACAACAUUCUCCUGACAACAGAAGGUGGAGUCAAGCUCGUUGACUUUGGUGUUUCAGCCCAGCUUACCAGCACACGGCUGCGUAGAAACACCUCAGUGGGAACACCCUUUUGGAUGGCACCUGAGGUCAUUGCUUGUGAACAACAGUAUGACUACUCGUAUGAUGCUCGAUGUGACGUAUGGUCCUUGGGAAUAACAGCUAUUGAACUGGGGGAUGGAGACCCUCCUUUAUUUGACAUGCAUCCGGUGAAAACCCUUUUUAAAAUUCCAAGGAAUCCUCCUCCUACUUUGCUGCAUCCUGAGGAGUGGUGCAGAGGAUUCAACCAUUUCAUUUCACAGUGUCUUAUCAAGGAUUUUGAAAAGCGUCCUUCAGUCACCCAUCUUUUGGAGCAUCCAUUUAUUAAGCAAGUACAUGGUAAAGAUAUGUCUCUGCAGAAACAGCUGGCUGAGCUAAUCCAAGAACAGCAGCAGCUAGGCUCCAUAGCCAAAACAAGGCAUGAACGAAUACAUACUAGAAGACCUUACCAUGUGGAUGAAGCUGAUAAAUACUCUCUAGAUGACGAUCUGGUAAAUCUAGAAGUUCUAGAUGAGGAUACAAUUAUUCAUCAGCUGCAGAAACGCUAUGCUGACUUACAAAUUUAUACUUAUGUUGGAGACAUUUUAAUAGCCUUAAACCCCUUCCAGAAUCUCAGCAUUUAUUCUCCCCAGUUCUCCAAGCUUUACCAUGGUGUGAAGCGUUCAUCAAACCCCCCCCACAUAUUUGCCUCUGCGGAUGCUGCCUACCAAAGUAUGGUUACAUUCAGCAAAGAUCAGUGCAUUAUCAUCAGUGGGGAAAGUGGUGCCGGAAAGACAGAAAGUGCCCAUCUGAUCGUCCAACAUUUGACCUUCUUGGGAAAGGCAAAUAACCGUGCUUUGCGUGAGAAAAUUCUUCAGGUGAAUCCUCUGGUUGAAGCAUUUGGGAAUGCCUGCACUGCCAUCAAUGACAACUCAAGUCGCUUUGGAAAAUAUCUGGAAAUGAUGUUUACACCCACAGGAGCCGUAAUGGGGGCAAAGAUUUCUGAAUAUCUACUUGAAAAAUCACGGGUCAUAAAACAAGCUGUGGGAGAGAAAAAUUUCCAUAUAUUUUAUUAUAUUUAUGCUGGCCUUUAUCAUCAGAAGAAACUUUCUGAAUAUAGACUUCCUGAUAAAAAGCCUCCUAGAUACAUAGAUAAUGAAACUGGAAGAGUAAUGCAUGAUAUUGUUACUAAAGAUUCCUAUGGAAGACAAUUUGAAGCGAUUCAGCAUUGCUUUAGAAUUAUAGGAUUCACUGAUGAGGAAGUGUACUCAGUGUACAGAAUUCUGACUGGAAUCUUAAAUACUGGAAAUAUUGAGUUUGCUGCCAUUUCUUCUCAACACCAAACAGAUAAAAGUGAGGUUCCCAAUCCAGAAGCCUUAGAUAAUGCUGCUGCACUACUAAGUAUUGGGUCAGAAGAACUUCAAGAGGCCCUAACCUCCCACUGUGUUGUAACACGAGGGGAGACUAUUAUCCGAACAAACACUGUGGACAAAGCAGCUGACGUGCGAGAUGCCAUGUCUAAAGCACUUUAUGGCCGGCUCUUCAGCUGGAUCGUAAAUCGUAUUAAUACGCUGCUCCAGCCAGAUAAAAAUAUAUGCAAUGCUGAAAAUGGGAUGAAUGUUGGGAUACUAGACAUAUUCGGAUUUGAGAACUUCGCAAGAAAUUCCUUUGAACAGCUGUGCAUAAAUAUUGCUAAUGAACAGAUCCAGUUUUAUUUCAAUCAACAUAUCUUUGCACUUGAGCAGAUGGAAUAUCAGAGUGAGGGAAUUGAUGCUACUACAGUGGAGUAUGAGGACAACCGUCCACUUCUAGAUAUGUUCCUCCAGAAACCUAUGGGUCUCCUGUCUCUACUAGAUGAAGAAAGUAGAUUUCCUCAGGCAACAGACCUAACUUUAGUUGAUAAAUUUGAAGAUAACUUACGAUGCAAAUAUUUUUGGAGACCAAAAGGAGUAGAACUGUCCUUUGGUAUUCAGCACUAUGCUGGAAAGGUAUUAUAUGAUGCCAGUGCAUUCCUUGAGAAGAACAGAGACACUCUUCCUGCUGACAUAGUGGUGGUGUUGCGCACCUCCGAGAACAAACUUCUUCAGCAGCUGUUCUCUAGCCCAUUAACAAAAACAGGUAAUUUGGCACAAGCAAGAGCCAGAGUGACAGCAGCAUCUAGGUCUUUGCCUCCACAGCUUAGUGCUGGUCGUAUCAAGUCUCCAAAAUACCUCCUGAAGGUUGACACAAUGGAGGUUAUGCGACACCCUGAGGAAACAACUAACAUGAAGCGGCAAACUAUGGCUUCCUAUUUUAGGUAUUCCCUCAUGGAUCUUUUAUCCAAAAUGGUUGUUGGACAGCCUCACUUUAUCCGCUGCAUUAAACCUAAUGAUGAUCGAGAAGCACUGAUGUUUUCUCAUGAGAGAGUUCUAUUGCAGCUACGAUACACUGGAAUUCUGGAAACUGUAAAAAUACGUCAAAAAGGGUAUUCUCAUCGUAUCCUCUUUGAAGAGUUUGUGAAAAGGUAUUAUUACCUUGCAUUCAAGGCACACGAGACUCCCCUUGGUAGCAGAGAAAACUGUCUUGCCAUUUUGGAGAGAUCUAAACUAGACAACUGGAUUCUUGGGAAAACCAAGGUUUUUCUGAAGUAUUACCAUAUAGAGCAGUUAAAUUUGUUCCUGCGAGAAGUUAUAGGGAGGGUGGUGAUCAUGCAAGCCUAUAUCAAGGGAUGGCUUGGAGCAAGGAGGUACAAGAAAGUCAAAGAGAAGAGAGAAAAUAGUGCUGUUACCAUACAGUCAGCCUGGAGAGGAUAUGAAGCUCGCAGGAAGUACAAGGAAAUAAGGAACAGAAGAACUGAUGCUGCUAUACAUAUUCAAGCAGCUUUCAGGGGAUAUAUUGUUCGUAAAAAAUACACAAGACUGGAAAAAAGCUCUGGCUGUAUAGCAGAUCCCCAGCUUAAGAACAGCUGCUCAGCUUCUGAUUUUGGCUGUGAAGAGCACUGGCAGCAAACCAGUAACGAAUUUUCUCCUGUGGUGCCUGAUUUUCUUGACAAACAAACAAAAAAGGAUUUGGAUGAGAUUUCUGCUUCUCCAUUUAUUCGAAAACAUUCGUUCGAAAUGAAUGAUUCACAAUCAAUUAGCCAAUCUCAGUCAGUUGCAGACCAUCAGUUGUCAAGUCCUUUGAGAUCCCAUAAAAAAGAAGGUUCAGAAAACUGUCUUGAACAGAAGCUGAGAACACCUCGUCGACGAUGUCAGCAGCCCAAAAUGCUGAAUAGCCCUGAGGACAACAUGUACUAUAACCAGUUAAAUGGAACUCUAGAAUAUCAAGGGAGCAAGAGGAAGCCAAGAAAACUUGGCCAAAUCAAAGUACUGGAUGGAGAGGAUGAGUAUUACAAAUCAUUGUCAGCUGUUGAAUCUGUCCCUGAAGAUGACAGCUUUCUCAGUUCCCCAUCUCCUCCUUCUUCAAGAAGUGUGUCUUUUGCUCAAAGCUGAACCUCACUUACUGUAUUGACUAAUACCGGUAAGAGUAUUUUCAUGCUGGUAAUCUCUUCCAAUUAACUUUGUAUGUGUAUUUAUAUAAUAUGUUAAAAAAAUACAGUUUCAGCUAGUAACUUUCACUGAUUUAGAGCUUGUUUCACAGCUGUAAACUGUCCCAUUUAGCUGUAUUUCUGUAAGCAAUUCCAGUAAAGGGGAGCAGCACUACCUGUAUGUGUUGGUGUUGAUAACAGACAUAUUUCUUUAGCAGCAAGGUUAGUUUAUACAGUUCUGACCCCUUCUUCCCUGCUCCCCCCUGGCUGCUGUUCCCACCCUUUGCCAUCCCUUCUGUUGUGCUGGCACAACUGCUGGUAGAGCUGUGUGAAAAAUAAGAUCAAGGAACUGAACUGAAUUAAAAGAAUUCUGUACUAAAAAUCAUAGUGAAAAUGUUUUGUAUUUCAUUAGACUGGUAUUAAACAUUAUCCUUUAUAACUUUCUGUGCUGUGUAUGGCUUUUAACGCUACAAAAGUGCACCAAGUAAAACCAGCUAAAAUAGUAA